CGGGGGAUGCCCGCGGCCACCAGAGCCGGGCCGGGCUGGCCCUGCGGCCGUCCCGCUCCUGCCCCUCGCCCUCGCUCUCCUCCAGGUCUCUCCCGUCGCUUGAAGCACACCCUGAGGAUGGCAGUGGUCGCUGUGGUCUUCGCUGUCGUCUCGGCGUGGGGGUUAAUUAUUCCUGUCUGCCAGUCCCAAAAGCUCAGGAUAAGGGGGGAGCUCUGGAGGUGGCUGAGCUGCUACACCUGCGGGCUGGUGUGCAUCGCCUGCGUCCUGGACGGCGCCGCCGGCGUCCUCUGGAUGUGGGAGGAAGGCCCGUCUGUGGCUGUCAUCCUGCCUGAGAUCACCCUGAGCUACCUCACCGUGGUCACCUUCCUGGUCGCCACCACGGUGCUUUUCCAGCCUGCAGAUUUCAGCCACCUGAAGAGCAAAAAAGCACACCGCACCAUGGGCUACGCCGCCCCCGGCGCCGUGCUGGCCGUGCUGCUCAGCAGCUGCUUCCUCAUCCGGAGCGUCUACCAGCGCCACGAAGGAGGAUGCACAAAGUUCAUGGAUGUGACUGUCCUGGUGGCCAGCACGGCGGCUGUGGUGGCCCUGCCCCUCCUCGUCAUCGGCCUCUGCUCUCCAGGAACUGUAUCCUAA